AUGAGUGGUGGAAGCGGCUACGGUUACAGUCAUGGGCAACCCGCUGGCAGCCGGUAUGAUGCCGGUGAGGGGACCUACGGCAAUGGCAGCCUUCAAGUAAAUGGAUACGGCGACCGCAGCGCAGGGAGUCCCGAGAGGGAAAGAGGAGGAGGAGGAGGAGGAGGAGGAGGAGGUACUCGCGAGCGUCGCCCCGGUGGUUACGGUGGAUUUUACUCCGAGUCGUCACAACAGCCAUCUCUCGCUCAGCAACAACCGUCAGCAUCCCCCGAGCGUCGCCGCGAUCGGACGGACCGAGAUCGAUCGCAAACAUCAAAGUCCGGAUCGCGGUCCCGUACACGGAACGGCGAGGCAGAUAGAAGAUACCAAGGGGAAAGAGAUGCACGACCACGAAACGGGUCGCGAUAUCGUGAGGACAGAGGUCCCGGAAGUCAUGCUCCUGUGAGCAGGCCGGCGCCGGCAGCCACCGCCGAGAUGAGAUCUGUAGAAGACGUCCUUCAGGCUAUACAACGAGACUGGGACUUUAUGACCGAUUCCGAAUGCAUACCAGUGCAUGUCGCCCUCAGCCUGAUGGACACGAGUACUCUAGGCAAGGCUGAUCGUGAGCCAGACUUCCUGAGAAUGUACGAGCAGAUUCAAAGAACACUCAAAGCGAUCGUGAACGAGCACCACCAAGGCUUCAACAGCUCUAUCGGAACAUAUCACAUGAUUCAGUCGAACAUAUCCAGCUCUCAGGGUCGAGUGCGAAAUUUGAGGAAUUCGCUGGAAGAAUCAAAGUCCGGUCUGUUGUCAACGAAGCCGGAACUGAAAGGGCUGGCGACGUCGUCGCAGAAAUACGAUGACAUUCUGCAGCUAUUUGCGCAGAUAGAAGAGAUCCAGUCACUACCUGAGAAGCUGGAGUCUCGUAUUUCCGACAAAAGGUUCAUCGCCGCGGUCGAGGUUCUGCAUGCCGCUCUCCGUCUGCUCCGUCGCUCUGAGUUGGAGGAUAUUGGAGCCCUCGCCGACGUCCGUGCCUAUUUUAACAAUCAAGAGACCUCUUUGACAGAUAUCUUGAUUGAGGAGCUACACGAUCAUCUCUACUUGAAGUCUCCAUAUUGUGCAGACAGGUGGAAAGCUCCGGUUGGCGAGGGAGAGCUUAGCUCCAGUAGCUGGGUUGGCAAUCGCUCGUGGGAACGACCCGUAUACAGCUUUCUGGCAAAGUUCGACGGAUCCAGUCCGAUGGUCGAGGAUGCAUCAAGGAAUCCAGAGGCCGACACCUUCUCAUAUAUUCAACUGCUGAUCGAGGCGUUGAACAAAAUGGGCAAUCUAGACAUCGCAAUCGAUCGUAUUGCGCAGCGGUUACCAGUCGAGCUAUUUGCCGUCGUUGACAAAACAAACGCGGAGAUCGAUGCCCGUUACCCCGUUCCGAAUCGAACUUUCUCCUCCCAUGAUAACCAGUUGAAGUCUACCGUCAUGGCUGAGAACAUCGAGCAGCGUGGUUUCGUUUUGACCGAGUUCCUAAAGGCACUCUACGCUAAAUUUGAGUCCAUAGCUGAAGGCCAUCGAGUCUUGCACGACGUGAUCACAGCUAUCAUCACACGAGAGGGUGGCGUCAAGAGCGAUGCACUUUGUGGCGGAUUCAAGGAACUGUGGAAGCUUCUGCAAAGCGAGAUUAGAUCACUUCUUCACGACUAUCUUGCUACGGACGGUGAAUCGUCUUACAGAACCAAAGCCGACGAAGCUGUCGCACGACGACACCUCGGACUCAACAGGGACAAAAACAGGAAGAUGUUCAAACUGUCAGACAUUGAGCAAAGUUCGGAAAUGAAAGCCGAAGAAGAUGAGCUUGACGAGAUUCUCCAGUCAUCCGUCCCGGGUCUUGUAUCAAAAACGAGACAGAAGACAUCGGUCAGUGAGGCAUUGCCUUCACGGCAAGCCAAUUCUGGCACGGGUCACAAGAUCCUGCUAGAACCCAGUGUAUUCAAUAUGAGGCUGUUGUUACCGCCAUCAUUGUCAUUCAUUCAGCGGCUGAAAGACAUUGUGCCAACCGAUUCUGACAUCUCUAUGACCACGCUAACGUCCUUCCUGGAUGACUUCAUGGUCAAUGUCUUCCUGCCACAAUUAGAUGAAACAGUGACCGACCUGUGUACACUCAGCUUUAUCGCCGCGGACGCUUUCACGGAAGAUCCACAAUGGACCAAGGUCUCCCCUCGGCCCAUCUUCAAGGGCACUGUAAAGUUCAUGUCUAUCGUCAGAGAGUUCAGCAAGAUGCUGUCCAGCAUCCCCCAUGAUCAGGCCUUUACACAGCUUUUGAUUGAUCAAAUAGUCACAUAUUACGACAAAUGCUGUGGAUGGUAUAAAGCUAUGGUGACCAAAGUUUCCGCGCGGAAUCACGGCGGUGAAGUUCGUUUAAAGGCAGCUGCCUCAUUUGCCGAGAAUGGCGAUAUCCAUGACGUGGUGGAUGAGCUGUGGAAAGGACCAGGGGCGAAGAAGCAAACACUCAUCGAAACGGAAAUUGAUCUUCUUCUCAAACGAACCGAUGAGGUGCCUCUGGAGCCGUACGACAUCAUUUCGGAUCCGAAAUCUGUUGUGUCUUUGUCACUCCUGUACAACAGCAUGCAAUGGCUCGAGAACCAUCUAUCAAAGCUUCGAAUGGUCGUCGAAUCUGUCUCUGACGCCGAGUCUUCGGUCGUCACAGCCAGUGGACGUCCAUCUCGUCGCUGGACUCUUUUCGGGGCCAUGAAACCUCAGCGCGACAGUAUCAAUUCCCCCAUCUACUUGCCAUUGAAUCAUGAAACGGCAACUGCCUUCGACCAUACUCUUCAAUCACUCCGAGCGCUUGGAUCUACCGCUCUUCUCACACUCCACAUUGACAUUCGCUGUGGUAUCAUCCACAUGUUGACUAAAUCGAUGUCUGGACCCAACCCCCCCACAGUGCGGAACUCGGAGCCCCUGACCCCAUCCCCCAGCACAACAGAGAACUGGUGGCACAUCAUCAUGAACCCCCCAACUGCAGCGUCCCCGUCUAUUCUUCAGCUCAAUUCCGACCUCAUGAGCUUCAACACGAACAUUUCUACCUAUUUGGGCCCGACUGAGCACUGGUUCAUCGCAUCCGGGCUGGCGCGAUUCAUUGAUCGGGUAUUCGUGACAUGCACCCGGUAUAUUGGGGCCAUGAAUGAGAACGGAGCGCUGCGCCUACAGUUGGAUGUGCUUGUUCUCCAACAGAAUCUGAAGAACAUCAUCAUCGACCCCGCUGCGACCGGAUCAACCGAAUCGGCGUCCCAGGAAGUGGUGGCUCUGCCUCGGAGUGCAAAGUUCUUGGACUGGUUCCUUGAGGGGGCUGAGAAGGCCUUAGAUUAUGCCAAGGAGGAGAAGGAGGCGUUCGCAUCUCAAGGGGACAAAGCUUUGGCUGCUGGUAAUGGCGAGCCAUUUACCUACGAUGAGCUCCGUGUUCUUGUGGACCUUUGCUUCUCCGAGAUCUCUCGUGGACCACGGGGUGCCGAGAGCCGAGAGGACUUUAUGGCAGCGAAGAAGGCUAGUGCUGAUGCCUUGUUACGUCUGAACGAGAUCAUGUGGGAUGCGCGAUAG